UUGUGUGUGUGUGAUUGAUUCACAGAUGUGUGUGUGUGUGUGUGUGUGUGUUUCUUGUACUGAACACAUCUAAGGUGGUAGAGGUUAGUGGAGGAGGUUGCUUGCAGUCCUGUGCUCGCCGCUUUAUUAAAGGCUGUGCUCUCCAAUGCAGGUUUUGUGUCUUCGUCAGCAGUACCUGUGACUGUUGAAGCCCGAGGAGGUUCUGGUUCCGUGGCAAACUCCGGACCGGGUCGGUCGCGGCCCGAGGUGCAGGUGCGUCUGGAGUCGGGCCCGAGCGCGGCCGCCCACUCGCCGCUGUCGGAGCACAACGGCUUCCUGCAGUGCCGUCUGCACGCGCUCAGUACCGACCUGCUCAUGUCCACGCUUCAGAACCUGGGCCACUUCGUGGAGGACAGCUCCGAGUCACAGGUGCUGCCCAUGGAGAUCAGCCUCAGAGACGUCCACGUCAACCUGAAGGAUGAUGGUCCCCGUGACAACCUGUCAGACCCAGAGCCGACGCCCAUCGCCCUGCACAUUGACAGCCUGCUCGUCCACCGCAGAGAUGAUGGCUCCUUCAGCAUCGGACUGGAUCGUACUGCAGGUCCUCUGGAGACGGCUCCUCCGAAAGAAGCCCCGUUGAUUGACAGCAAGCUAAACUCUGUCCCAGAGCUUCCUGUGGGCGUGUCCAGCGAACCGAAAGCCACUCAGACCAACCCCAUGUCUCCUACUAGCUAUGCCCCUUCCAGUAGAGAAAAGAUGCUAAAUGAAGAGAACGAGUGCUUGAAACUGGAGCUCUCCAGAGCCAAGAUGGCGCUGGCCGAGGCCCAAAUGGAGAAGGACUCUUUGCUGCACCACAUGAAGAACCUGAAACUGGCAUCAGGGGGAGGCAUCAGCUAGUGACUGUGUGGAGUGUGUGUGUGUGG